UCGCUGUCAGAGAAAUGUCAAAUUGUUCGCAGAAGUUUGUUUACAAAUGAAGCGAAAGUCGGUUUCCUAAGCUCGAAGCAUACACAUGAAUAUGCCAACGUGACUACAGCCCGCAUUUAUGCAGUAGAAAGUUGCCAUCCCCGACACGUCACCGAAACACGACACGUCAUUUGCCGGGGAAAACAAUCUGCAAUUCGUGAAAAAGAGUAAAACUUGCAGCAGAUGUUAGGUUUAAAACAGCCUUCGAAACAUCUAUAGAUCAUCGCAUCUUACUCGUUUGGACAAAAUUACUGUGCGCAAAGUGAUAUACAGGCUCUAGCAUGGGUCGUUCGGUGUUGUGCGAAUCGUUCGUGGAGGAUUAUCUGCGCCAGCUCAGCCGUAAGGCCGGAGUCUGCAUGGGACUGUUGGUCGGGCAACCGUCGGCCGGCGGAAAGGAUUACAUUGUCCACGCGAGCCGCAUCACGGACGAAGAAACAGCGGACGAUUCGCAAAAGCUAAACGCAACGGUGGCUGCGCAGCACGCUUUGGAUGCAACCCGAAUGCUGCCGGGCGGCAUGUACGUGAUGGGCAUCUUUGUGAUCCACCCGAAGAAUGUGUUCCAGGAGCCGACCCUUCUGUCCUCGAUCAAGUUCAUCCUGAUGAGCAUGAAGGCAACGUUCGAUGCGAACCCGCUGCUGAUGGGCACGUGCGAGGAGCUAGAGAAGGGUGAGAAGCUGGUGCUGCACUAUUCGUCCGGCAGCAAAGCGCACGUAUGCAAAACCGUUUCCCUGGCGGCGGAAAAUCCGACCGUCCUGCCGUGCGACUGGAAGUUUGUCGAGCGCCUAACGACCUGGCACAAGCUGAACGUGUACUUCGAGACGGACGAGGUGUACCCGUUGAAGCAACAGGCCGACCAGGAACAGUACGACACGGAGGCAAACUUGACGGAAUGUGCCAAAAAGCUGAAAGGGCAGCUGAUGGAUGCGAAAAUUCUGUUCGAUGGAGCGCCGAAGCUGGGCGCCGACACCGUCGAGGGUGUGCUGACGAUGAAAAAUCAAGAUAAAUUUCUGGCAAACGUCUAUCUGCCGACGUCUGCCGAACUUACCGCGAGCGAGGCAAAAAUAGAACAGUUCGAGGGCACGCUGAAAUUCGACGGCAUCGUCAGCUCACAGAUUUACAUCCACUCGCGAUGCACGUUCGCCGAAGCGGAACGUUUCAUCGUCACCGACAUCGUACGGUCGCUGAUGUCGCGCAUUCAAAUCCACUGUGAUUCGCUGGUGCAGACGGAGGACACGCCGCAGGACAAGAUUACGCUGAACGAGCUGCCCCGCCGCGUGUACUUCCCGGUGCGCCAGGGCCCGGGCGGUUUUCCGGUAGAGUUCAGCGACUAUCUAUUCCCGGAGGAAAGCGUCGAAACGCCGCUGGUGCGGAUAAAGGAAAUACUGGAUGUAGGUGUUACCGCGAGGGAUCUCAAGUGUACUGUCGAGCUAGUGCCUGCCGUGAAAGAGGACGAACAACGCCCGGCCGGGGAGGAGGAGGUGUGGCGUAAAACCAGCACGGAAGAUGAUUUUGAAGGUAAGCUUAAUCUGCCGGUCGUCGGAGGGCUGGUAGCGGUUAUCGUUUUGCUGAUCGCUUUGCUGGUGUACUAUUUUAUGAAGUAAAAUUAAAGCAUUUAUCUUUUUCAUUGA